GAACAAUGAGCAACAAGACAGCAUCAGUAGAUGCGAAGUUAACUUCAGCUAGUUAACGUUGUAGUUGCAGUGUUUUCAGUCUCGGGUAAACUGGAAAUUGUUUUGUUUUUCCAGCUGUAGGCAUCCGGAUGAAAAUUUAACGAUCGGCUAACAAAUGAUCAAUGAAUUUUUGAUCUGUCAAUUGUGUAUUUGCACAGAGAAGAACACGUUACGGCCAUGCUCUGUAUCCAAUGUAGCCUAUCCAGAGUGUCAACCUUAAUGUAAACCCUCAGCCCACCAAGGCUAUUUCUGCCUGGCUAGGUUAGCGAAUGAACAAUGCUGGGUAGCCAUGGGAUUCAACCUGUCACCGUGGUGUUUAACAACUCUAAAAACUGUUUCAUUCACCUUCCUUCCAACUUAGUAUCACAGCUCUGUCUUCAAGAGACUCAAGUUUUAGAGCUUACCUGGGGUGUCUGUACUCCUGUAUAUCUAAGCUGGACGAGAUGUCUGAAAAAUUCAAAUCGGAACGAAAACACGGUCGAGGUGAAUAGGCAGCUGGGGGACAAACUUGGAAUCAAAGAUGGAGAGCAGGGCUUUCUGCGGGCCUGUCAGCAGGUCCUCUCUGUUCAACAGGUAAUGGUGGAGCCACUGUCAUCAGAUGACUGGGAGAUACUGGAGCUCCACAGCUCAGCACUGGAGCAGCAGCUCCUGGAUCAGAUCCGAGUAGUUUUCCCUGCUGGAGUGUUUCCUGUGUGGGUGAACCAACGUACUGUUAUCUACAUCCAAAUAGCCUCCCUCUCACCGUCUGUACCUUAUGGUCACCUGGAGCAGUUCACCGAGCUUGUGGUCGCACCCAAAUCGCGGGAAGGGGGAGAACACCCCACCACCCCUCGGCCCAGGCCAGCUGGCUCUGCAGACCCAAACCAGAGCCCGGGUGUGCGCAGGCAGGGGAACGUUGAGGUCCCGGAGUCCCCCCAGGGUGCCCUGCUGGACACGCCCGAGCCCGGCACGGGCGGCCUGUGGGGCGGAGUCAGCCAUCUGAGGAGCCUGGUGAGGUACAUGCUCUCGGGCGGCGUCAGCCCCGAGAGGGAGGCGCCCUCCGUUCCGCCUAUACCCCCUCUCCUCAGGGACGGCGUAUUCAGGGCGUGCAGGGCCCCGCCUGUCUGUGCUGGCCACUGGGGCGGCGCCCACGGGGCCCUGCACGUCCUGCCCUGGGGCCACUGCGAGGACGCUGGGGACCGGGGCCCAACCGCCGUGUCGUACGGCAGGGUCUCCCGCCUGCUCUCGGCCAAGGAGCUGAGAGAGAGAGCGAAGCAGGCCUCGGAGAAAAAGAGAGGGAGCGCGGCCACGCCCCCUGCUGGCCCUGCCCCCGAUGAGGCCCAGGAGCAGCCCUUAGUGGUCAGGGUGUUCUGUCACUCUGCGGAGGAGAUCCUGGAGGCCCAGAACAGCAGCGGAGGGAGACAGCUCUACAGUGGGAGGGUCUGGAUCCCUGAAAUCUUAAGGAAGCGGCUAAAUAUUGAUAUGCACUCAGCUGUGAGAAUUCAGCCAAUAAAAUCGACCCCUAAAUUGGCUUCUGUCGUCCAACUGCAGCUGUUGCAAGAACUACAGCAGACUGAGAAUGAGCUGGACGUUCAGGCAGCCUUCUUGUGUUGGCUGCAGUCUCAAAAUGAUGAUGCCCUGAGCUGUGUGACUGGUCGUUCUCAUUUCAUCACACUUCCUGUCUGUGAAGAACAUCUGGAGUUUGCUUUGACUGUGUUAAAGCCAGAGUCUGAGAGUGUGAAGUCUGAUGAGGUGUUCUUGUUAACUGCACGUCUGCUGCAGAAAACUAACAUACAGGUUGUUUGGGAGCCACUGAGUGUUCCUGCAAAAGCCGAUGAUGACACAAAUUAUCUGUCUUUUCCUUCGCUGGAUAGUCUUGGGGGAAUGGAGGAUAUCGGGGUGACGGCCUUCGAGCACAUCUCCUACAGUCUGCUGGGGCGCCCCCUGUCUGAGGAGCUGGCAGCCGCGACCCCGGGGCUCAGAAACGGGGCGCUGUUGGUCACAGGCGCCGGGGGAAGCGGGAAGACCGUGUUCUCCAAAGCGCUGUGCAGGAAAGCAGCCGAGGAGCUCGACGCUCACGUGGUGGUCAUCGACUGCAAGAAACUGAGAGGAAAGCGAGUGGAGACGAUACGGCAGAGGCUGGAGGAGGUUUUUGAGCAGGCAGCUUGGAGACAGCCUUCAGUGGUCCUUCUGGAUGACCUGGAUCAUGUGACGGGGGCGGCUGUCUCCCCAGAACAUGAGCAUGGUCCAGAGGCGCUUCACCGCCUUCAGUUAGCCCAGAGUCUGAGGGACCUGGCGGGCGAGGCCGUGCUGCAGGGCGGGCUCGUCACCCUGCUGGCCACCAGCCGCAGCGAGCACUCCCUGCACCCGUCCCUGGCGGAGGCGCAGGGAUCCCACCUCUUCCAGUGCUUCGCCCACAUCCAGCCCUCAGACCAGGCGCAGCGGCAGGAGAUCCUGAGGGCCGUGGUCAGGAGCAAGAGCGCGGUUUCCCCCGAAACCCUGGGUGCGCUGGACCUGGAGAGCCUGGCCAGGGAGACGGAGGGCUAUCUGCCCCGGGACUUCACCCUGCUGGUGGAGAGGGCCAUCCAUGCCAAUGCCCUGCACAACAGGGGCAGCUCUGUGCCAGAGGUGUGCUUGUCCACGUCUGACUUCCAGCAGGCUCUGAAGGGUUUCACCCCGCCCUCCCUGUGGCACGUCCGGCUCCAUCCCCCCAGCGCCGCGGGCCUGGAUCGGGUGGGCGGGCUUCACGAGGCACAGCAGCUGCUGAUGGACACCAUCCUUCUGCCCGCCAAGUACCCCGCGCUCUUCGCGAACCUUCCGAUCCGACAGCGCUCCGGCGUGCUGCUGUACGGGGCUCCCGGAACUGGGAAGACUCUGCUGGCCGGGGCCGUAGCCAAGGAGAGCGGCAUGAACUUCAUCAGCAUCAAGGGUCCGGAGCUUCUGAGCAAGUACAUCGGGGCAAGCGAGCAGGCUGUACGGGAUGUGUUCCAGAGGGCCCAGUCCGCCAAGCCCUGCAUACUGUUCUUCGACGAGUUUGACUCGUUGGCACCGCGCCGGGGUCACGACAGCACGGGCGUCACGGACAGGGUGGUCAAUCAGUUACUCACCCAGCUGGACGGGGUGGAGGGGCUUCAGGGUGUGUAUGUUCUGGCUGCCACCAGCCGCCCUGACCUCAUAGACCCUGCGCUUCUGAGACCCGGCCGCCUGGACAAGUCCCUGUACUGCCCGCCACCCGACCAGGAGGCCCGUCUGGAGAUCCUGAAAGCCCUGACCCAGUCCGUCCCGCUGGCGGGAGACGUGGACCUGGAGCAGGUCGCCAGCGCCACUGACUCCUUCACCGGGGCGGAUCUGAAGGCCCUGCUGUACAACGCCCAGCUGGAAGCCGUCCACAGCUGCCUUGGGCCCGGCCACCUUCACGAUCUGGGCUCCGGCUCGGACAGUGACGUCAGCCUGUCCUCCAUGAUCUUCCUGAACCACAGCAGCGGGUCGGACGACUCUGCGGGGGAGGGAGAGGGCGGGCUGGACCCGGGCGAGCUGCCCCUGGAGGACCCGCACCACAACAUCUGGAGGCUGUACUUCGGCAGCUCCUGCGAGUCGGAGCUGGGGAACCCGUCGCUCUCAGAGCUGAACUCUCAGUGCCUUUCGGGCCCAAACUCGGUGACCCAUGACCUUACGGGCGCGUCUCUGCGGGACCCCAGCUGCUACCACACACCCGUCUUCAUGGCCUCCCUGCAGGAGGGCUACCAGGAGCUGAGCCACGAGCAGCUGGAGCUCCUGCGCACCGACAUCGCCAGCAUCAAGACCAACUACCGCAGCAGGUUCACGGAGGAGUCUGCGCUGGCGCAGGCGGGGCCCAGUAAGCCGGCCCUGCUGAUCUGCCACGCCCACCUGACCUCGGCGCUGGCCUCCACGCGCGCCUCCGUCACCAGGCAGGACUGGAGGAGGUACACGGAGCUAUACGAAUCCUUUGGCUACACAGGGUCGGACGGGAAGUCUCACGGCACGGCUGCAUUUAAGCCUGGCCAGCGCGUGACUUUGGCAUAGGGAACACAUAUAGGCCUAUACCUCUCUGCCACUUGUGGUAUUGACCAUGUUUACCUUUAGGGAGCCCCUGUCAUGGAGGUAAGAUGGGGUUGGAGAUCACGAUUUUCUCCUUAUACAAAGUUGUUCAUAAUGUUACCUGAUGUAUACCUGAACCAAUGCAAUUACCACGACAUUACAUUGACCUAUAAUUAAAACCAACAUUAUGUUGUACUGAAAUUAAAACCAAAAUUACACUGUACUCUGCAUGCCAUUUAUGUUAUUCUGUCCCUGUAGGUGAAAAAAGUUCCAACACACAAUUCCUGUGCCUAGUACAUUUUCUUUACAAAAACUUAUAUUUAAUCUUUGACAUGUGUGUAGAUCUUUUGGGAAAUAAUUAUAUAAAUUAUGCCAUAAUUUUCAGUACAGUUUCACUUACUCACAGCCCUUUAUGUAAAUUAAUUUAUUUGAAAAUGUCUUGUAAUUUAUGAGCUGAUUAAAAUGUUUACAUUUCAAACUA